ACGAAAGUUGGCCACUUAAACUACUUCCAGGCAGCCGGCAGACAUUAUAUCCAACCCAAACUACACCAGGGGGAAAGGAAUAACACCGCGUUUCCCACAGCGCACUAUCAUUCAGCCGCUUGCUCCUCCUUUUUUUAUUUUUUAUUUUUCUACAAACUUAAUCUCUCUAGAGCGUUUCAUUUCAGCUGUUGUUGCGUUUAUUCGUUUCGUUUUGGUAUAUUUAUUAAGAAAAAGGAGAGCAUUUAUUUUUUUAUACAUAUAUGUAUUUUCCCCUGGGUGGAAGAAGUGUCUGUCCAGAUUUUCUCCCCCUAGGAUUUGGGAUUUAACAGUGUCUAUUCUCUGAUCUUUCAAAAAAAAAAAACAUUCCGUUUUUCCUUUUUAUUUUUUUUAUUUUUCUUAUUCUUGGUUGUUUCCUGGUUUGGACUUUUAGAGUGAAGCAGGUUCCACUGCACAGUGAUUUGGGUUUUAUUUUUUUUAUUUUUAUUGCCCCAGUAGCUAGAGGAUGGCUACUUUACCGGGAACAGUGCCUCGGAUGGUGCGCCCUGCGCCAGGCCAGAACUACCCAAGAACCGGCUUCCCCUUGGAAGUGUCCACCCCUCUGGGCCAGGGCAGGGUGAACCAACUUGGUGGAGUCUUCAUCAACGGGAGGCCCCUGCCAAAUCACAUCCGACACAAGAUAGUGGAGAUGGCCCACCAUGGCAUCCGGCCCUGCGUGAUCUCGCGACAACUGCGAGUUUCUCAUGGCUGCGUCUCCAAGAUCCUGUGCCGAUACCAGGAGACCGGCUCGAUACGUCCAGGGGCCAUAGGGGGCAGCAAGCCCAGGCAGGUGGCAACUCCCGACGUGGAGAAGCGGAUCGAAGAGUACAAGAGAGAAAACCCGGGUAUGUUCAGCUGGGAGAUCCGGGAUAAGCUGCUGAAGGACGGGGUGUGCGACAGAAGCACAGUUCCUUCAGGUGAGGCUUCAUCUGUGAGUUCCAUCAGCCGCGUUUUGAGGGCCCGAUUUGGCAAAAAAGAUGACGAGGAUGACUGUGAUAAGAAGGAUGAAGAUGGAGAAAAGAAAACAAAGCAUAGCAUCGAUGGCAUCCUUGGUGAUAAAUGUAACCGCACAGACGAUGGCUCGGAUGUUGAUUCAGAGCCAGAUUUGCCACUGAAGAGGAAGCAGAGGCGCAGCCGCACAACCUUCACAGCAGAGCAGCUGGAGGAGCUGGAGAAGGCUUUUGAAAGAACACAUUACCCUGAUAUCUACACCCGGGAGGAGCUGGCUCAGAGGACCAAACUCACAGAAGCUAGAGUACAGGUCUGGUUUAGCAACAGGCGGGCUCGAUGGCGCAAGCAGGCCGGCGCCAAUCAGUUAGCAGCCUUCAACCAUCUGCUUCCUGGAGGAUUCCCACCCACAGGGAUGCCAACUCUACCCACCUACCAGUUGCCGGAGACCAGCUACCCCAGCACUACGCUAUCGCAGGAGGGCAGCAGCACAUUGCACAGGCCCCAGCCCCUGCCACCAUCUUCCAUGCACCAGGGAGGUCUGAGCGCUGACAGCAGCUCCGCUUACGGCUUGUCGUCCAAUCGCCACAGCUUCUCCAGCUACUCCGAUACGUUCAUGAGCCCCUCUGCAUCCAGCAACCACAUGAACCCUGUUGGCAAUGGGCUCUCCCCACAGGUGAUGAGCAUCCUGAGUAACCCCAGCGCUGUACCCUCGCAGCCCCAGCACGACUUCUCCAUCUCUCCGCUUCACAGCAGUCUUGAGAGCUCCAACCCCAUCUCAGCCAGCUGCAGCCAGCGCUCUGACACCAUCAAGAGCGUGGACAGCCUGGCUUCCUCCCAGUCGUACUGCCCUCCAACCUACAGCGCCACCAGCUACAGUGUGGACCCUGUCACUGCUGGCUACCAGUACAGCCAGUAUGGCCAGACUGCGGUGGAUUACCUGGCUAAGAAUGUGAGCUUGUCCACCCAGAGGAGGAUGAAACUCGGGGACCACUCAGCUGUGCUGGGGCUCCUGCAAGUAGAGACGGGACAGGCCUACUGAAGACACCUCACACUCAUCCUCCACCUCCUGUCUCUCCGUUUCAUCCGCCUCAGUUUGCUCCAUGCUUUCCAUCAAGCCUGGACUCCAGGUCAACUCUGUGAUGCCCGUCAUGACAUCGGAGAAAGUGACGGUUUUAGGGAAGGCAAGAUGUUCUUCAGACAAAUUCUAAUUGUUAACGAGCAUUUAGCUCAGAGGGACCAAACAGGAGCCCUAGGAUGGCGGAGUUGGGACGCCUUGAGCUCCUUCUUUGUCAUGGCUUCAGUCCAGCACACGUUUAGAGCCAUCAACAACAUGUACUUUGACCUUGCUGUUCAUAGUAGUUAACAAAGCCAACAUCAUUUGAAUAACUCUUAUUCCUUGUUCCUUUUUUGAUAUUGUUAAGCCUAUUGUUGCUGUUCUAUGAUUAUGGUUAAUGUGAUUUUUGUUGUUGUUUGAAUCCAUUCGUGUCUCUUUUAUCUGUCUGAUGUUGGUGCGUUAAAAAACCCCAAUGGAGGAUGACUGAGACGAUAUGAAAGCGACUGUCUGUUGCGCGUGUGUGUACGUUUGCGUGUCAGCACAUUUACACACAAGAGGAGAUGAUUGUUUUCCAAGCUGCUGCUCCCUGAGCUCCAACGCUCAUGAGCGAUUUGACCUUCCCACUUUCAUAUUCCUCUUGACAUUCCUAAAGAACUUGGCCACUCUGUGGGAAGUCUGGCUGGAUGGAUUCAGCAGGGAAUUUAAGCAGCGUAUUGGCCGCCAAUAGCUUCCCCACCACACGUCUUCGUAACCUCCAUCCAAUGCUUAGCUGUGGCCCACAGGGAAAGGGGGGCAUUGUUUGCAAAAACAGGAUUGGGGAAAUUAAUGUGUUUUGAAAUAUAGACCUUGCCAAGGAGGGCUAACUCACUCAAACCAGCAGCUCCCCAUACCCACUCCCUGGAAAGCCCAUCUUCCAGGAAAUCCUCUGUUUGGCUUAAACACUUUAAAGCUGAUUAAAUCACACAAAUAUAAUGUCAAAGCUAAUUCACAGUGACCCUUUUCCUUUAAGCCUUUCAGUUCCUUUACCCAUUUUGUAAAUGCACCUUUAGUUCGUUUCAACUUCAUGAAUAAAACAGGCACUCCUUCAAAACAUUCCUCACUCUCUUUCAAUAAAAAAAAUAUAUAUAUAUAGAAAAGCAUUCCAGCAUUUUCUGGUUCUGUUGUGAGAUUAAAGAAAGGACAAGCUGUGCCAUUCACGUGCACUCUGGAAAAUCACAUAAUCCAGUCAUCUGUGAAAGGGCACAGGUAACGCCGCUGAUUGGCCCCCCACUUCGGUUUGGACCAGAGCCUCGGCCUAUAAUCCUCCAGCUUUUAAGAUUUCAACAAAAUGUACAAAAAAGGCAGAAAAAAAUGUAAUAGUUGAUAUGAGAAAUUUGUGUAGCACUCAUAGUUGACUUUGGAUAUGAAAGAGGACCAGCUGUUCUUUUGAGGUCUUAAUGUUUUUCUGACAUCACUGUACACAGAGAAUUGGACCCUCUGUCGCCUUUAAAAUCAGUAAAAAAAAAAUGUACAUUUCCAAAAGCAGAUUGUGUAUUGUUUGGUUAUAAAGAGUAUGUUUUAUACUAGCAUAAUGAGUGGGAGGUCAUCGAGGGAUCUGUAAGAGAAAAUGAUUUAUAUGAGUGUCGUUGACCAGCCUGUUUUCUGUUUUGUUUGUUUAUGUUGUUUUUUUCUUUGUUUUAUUUCUUAUUUAAUUGUUUAAGUUGUUUGAGCCAAAAAUGUUUUGUUACUGUUUUUGGCCCCAAUGAGAACAAAUUUGUAUAAAUUAGCGCAGUUGUAAAAGAAGUUUAAAGUUAAAGUGAGUUAAGGAGGAUUAAAAUGAGCUCAGAUAAAAAAGGAAAAAGCUUGUUUUCUCAGAUGGACUCUGGUUGGACCACACUGUACAUUUGAAAAGUGGCAGGAAGAGACAUCUUCACCUGCCAGAGAGUUUCUAGCAGCUGGUUUCACAGACUGAUAAUGAAUGGACCACGGACCUAACACCGCCCGCACCCAGAGCCAUUUUGGUUGUGGCACUGUUGAUGGAUGCGAGUGACAGUACCCCCCCCACCCCACCUGAGGGUAAGGGGUAAAACUGAAGAGUCAGGCUUUGAUUUGUGGACCAAUAGGACUUCAGGAGUACAAAGCAACGCUGACUCCACUCUGAGCGGCAGCUGCUGCUGCUGCUCCACUUUGAAACCUCACUCUUGUACAUUUUAAAACUGAAAAAUUUUAGACUUGUCUUUAGUGUAUCAAACCCAUUUCUAACACUUGGAUAUUUAAGGCAUACAGCUCCUUAUUCCUCCUCCCCUUCUUCCUCUUCCUCCUGUCUCUGUGAGCCCUAACCUGUUUUAGUUGCUUUCUGACAUCUGUGCUUUGCUUUACUCCUCUUUCUGUUCCGCAUGUGUGUAUAUUAUCAUGGUAUAAUUUAUUCUGCUGUAUGAAGUAUUAGAGUAGUGGGAAACUUGUAUUGGUAUUUACUACCUUCAGCCUGUUGGUGUGUUUAAUGUAACACUGGCGUAACUGUUAUCAAUUAAAGAUCCAAAACUGA